AGAGAUUGGCAAUUCCCACAAAAAAGGUGGUGGCAAAAAAGUUCUUUUUGUACACAAAUGUGAUGAUGGUGAUGAUGAUGAUGAUUAUGCCUACAAUUUUCUACAGGAACAACAAUAACAAACAAUUCCCUCUCUCUCUCUUAAUCUUUUUGCCCUUUUUUCCCUCUCCUCAACACACUUCCUCAAGCAUGGUAAAUAAGUGAUCCCUUGUUCCCAUGCGCUCUCUUAUAACAAGUGGGAGCCAAUGAAAUGAACAAAAUUUGAUCUUUCCUUCUGGGGUUUCGAAAAUCAUGGACAACAACAACUGUGGGUGUUGGUCUAUUCUCAGAAGCAGUGUGAGAGGCUGCAAAACCUCUGAUUCAAGAAACUCAACUACCACCAUCCCUAGAAGCAGUCUUGUCUAUGAUGCUGCAACCGAGACUCGCUAUUUGAAUGCGAGCAACCGGGAAAUGUGUGUGCCUGAUGAGGCUAGAAACUCAAUAUCCGAAGAUGCAGUUGGUUUAGAAAAGAAACCUCCACACCAACUGCUUCAGUUUAGUUUUCAGGAGCUGAAAGCAGCCACCGGUAAUUUUAGGCCUGAUAGCAUUCUUGGGGAGGGUGGUUUUGGAUAUGUGUUCAAAGGGUGGAUAGAGGAGAAUGGGACGGCACCAGCAAAGCCUGGUUCAGGGACCACAGUCGCUGUCAAGAGCUUGAAGCCCGAUGGCCUUCAAGGUCAUAGAGAAUGGGUGGCUGAGGUUGAUUUUCUUGGGCAGCUUCAUCAUUCUAACCUUGUUAAGCUCAUUGGAUAUUGUAUUGAAGAUGAUCAAAGGCUACUUGUCUACGAAUUCAUGACCCGUGGAAGCCUUGAAAAUCAUCUUUUUAGGAGGACCAUACCUCUUCCAUGGUCCAACAGGAUCAAGAUUGCACUUGGAGCAGCCAAAGGGUUAGCCUUCCUCCACAAUGGCCCGGAACCUGUUAUUUACCGCGAUUUCAAGACAUCAAACAUCUUGCUUGACUCGGAAUACAAUGCUAAGCUUUCAGAUUUUGGCUUGGCAAAAGCCGGUCCUCAGGGAGACAAAACGCACGUUUCUACUAGGGUGGUUGGAACCUAUGGCUAUGCAGCUCCAGAAUAUGUAAUGACAGGACACUUGACCUCAAAGAGCGACGUCUACAGCUUUGGAGUAGUGCUCUUAGAAAUCUUGACAGGUCGGAGAUCUAUGGACAAGAAACGGCCAAGUGGCGAACAGAAUCUUGUGACAUGGGCACGGCCUUACCUGUCCGAGAAGAGGAAGGUGUAUCAAGUAGUGGACCCCCGCCUCGAGCUCAACUACUCCAUCAAAGGUGUGCAGAAGGUAGCUCAGUUAGCUCACAACUGCCUAAGCAAGGACACCAAAUCUCGGCCUUCAAUGGAGGAAGUCGUGAAGGUCCUCACCCCGCUGCAACACCUCAAUGAUCUCGCCAUACUAAACUACCACACACGCUUCUCUCAGACGGGGAGGCGCCGCUUCCCUCCACCAGGGAAGCGCGAUAAGAAACCAGACGCCAUCCACCAACCCAACCUUAACCAAUCAAAGACUACUGUAAGAGAUUCCAAACUAACAUCUGCUCAGCAUUAUUGUAAAUAAGGAUCCUAAUUUUUGCUUGUUAAAUUUUCAUGCGAUAACAACCAGUAGUAUUUGUGUUUAUGAUGUAAGUUUUCUGAAUAUUUGGAGCUUGAGAAGUUUCUGGUAACUCCUUAUAGUUUACCUAUUGUUUUUUAUGAGGUCUCAAAUGUUUGUAUUAGCAUAGAAAAAUUGAUUCUUGAUUUAAUAUUUUAUGAGGUUUCUA